AUGAGCGAUAUCGAAGUUGACGGACCUAGCCUUCCAAAUGGAAUUCAGUCGGCUGAUACGACGCUAGAAGACUUGCUGAACGAUGAAUCAUUAGGGUGUCCUUCGAACUUCAAUAUCGUGGGGAAUGAAGAACAGAGACAUUUCCAGGACUGUCUUGCAGUGUUCAUCAGAGGUGACUGUGAAGAUACGAUACAGAAAAUGUACGAGUAUGGCUUUCUGACGCAAACGUCACUGCACACCACCUACAAAUAUUUUAAUUUAUUCCUGGAGGCUUGCUAUUCUGUGAGCAGCUUUCGGAGCCUAGGCUUUAGGCUGCAAGAAGUUGUUCACCAAACUUUUACCGGUGACCCUCAAACUGUUCAAUAUCAUUUGAAAGGGGCUCCUAAAAAUUCCCAAGCAUCAAUGUGGAGCAAAUAUUACAGCUGCUGCGUGAGAGCUGCUUUGAUGAACCAAUUGAGAGGUCAACAGGCAUCCAUAAACCUUGAAAACGGUGCUCGCAGGGUGAUUUCCAGCCUGGCCAAAGAAACCAGUGGUCCAGAUGAAGCAGCAGAACUAGAGAAGCUUGUUGAUACCUAUAUUUUCGGCAUUCAAAUUGAAGUUCUACAAAAAACUCCGUCGACAGCUUUGUACAAGCAGCUGUGCUAUCAUGUCCCCAAUUUGGGAAGCCGGCUUUCUUCUUUACGCAGUAUCCACAAGGGCAAGACGGUCGAGGAGGAUAUCCUGAGCAGGCUCGAAACGAAGCCUGUGAAGAUCAAGAAGCAGCCCCGGCAACACUCCAAGCCAGUUACAGAUAAUAAGGCAGUCGGUCCAACCAGCAAACCUCCGCUUAAAAAAACCCGCGAAACUAAUACAGUCCAGGUCAUACCCAAAUGGAGAUCACUUUGGCCUAAAUUUUUCAGCAAGGUCUACCUGUCGAGAUCAAAUUUACUGUUAAUACUGUUCCUCUUUUUAGCAUCAUUUCAAAGUAUCAAGAAACUGGCCAAAAUUCCUCGAUUUUUCACAAGUUUCUUGAGAAACCUGGCACCACACCUCAAGAAUCUACUGAGACUAUUGUCGACCAUAUAA